ACAGCGAUCUCUGUGUUAGCUCAGCAGCAGCAGUGUCUCAAUGACACAGUUUGGUUUAAAAUGGUGAAAACCAGCUUCACGUUGCGGCCAGUUAUUGUAGUGACAGUGAAUUAAACAAGAUGCCAGCCGGUGUGUCUUGGCCUCGGUACCUGAGGAUGUUCAGUGCCAGUUUACUGUCCAUGUUUGCAGGAGCACAAGCUGUCCACCAGUACUACCUACCUGAUUUGAGUAUACCAGAGACGCCACCAAAGCCCGGGGAGCUUCAGACAGAACUGCUGGGCUACAAAGCCAAAGAAGAAGCUCUUGCUGCACUGCAGCAGCUUAAAGCAGAACAAAAGGUGGACUGAUGGGGAAUUAUACAUCCUCUGUGUGAUGGACACUCAACCAAGCAGACUAUGUCCAACAGCUCGAGGCUGCCACCUGCAGUAGGCAUGUCUGGAAAAUCUGUGUUUUCUUGGGACUAAGUGAAGUGAAAAGAAAUGCUACAAUGUCGGAGUCUGGCUUCUUGGGAUAUGGAUCUAAUCUGGAACAAGAUCAUUUGGUUUCUACAACCAUUGUUAACCAUUAUACUUCUCUUCAUCCUUUUGAAUGUGCCUACAAGUGAUUAAAUAUGUAAGAGAAUGCUUCGUGAACACACAGUAAUUUAUUCUAUUCAAAUGUACAAUCUUGUUUUUCCCCUAGCAGAUAAAUUGUAUUUGAUAUAAACAAAAUCAAACUAAA